GACCAGAAAAGCUACCUUCUGAGACUUUUUAAUUAUUUCCUUGGUCUUGCUUCAACCAGGAUGUACAGUCUGUUAUGGGCAAUGGGCUCCGGCAUACUCAAGGCGUGUUUCUAAACCUGCUCUCACAUUAGAAAAGGAAGAACCAGAGCUGCACACGCUGAUCUUUGAGCACUUCCAUGUAAAACUCUGUAAAGGCCAGUUGUUGUGAGGAAUAACACAGAAUGAAUACUAUUCCAAUUGUCACUCUUCUCAUGCUUUUCACAUUUCCUGAUGUUUCACUCCAGGCUGAGUUGUAUUCAUUUAGUACACCCGUGGGCCCGGGCGGAGGUGACUCAUUCACCCUCUCUGGAGACGGUCCCAUCACAGCUAUCCGGGUAUGGGAGAGAUACAGCAAUUACUUCACUGGAAUUCAAUUCCGAUACGGUCCAAUCUGGUCUCCAGUAGUUGGCAAGGAAGAAGGCACGGCCAAGGAGAUUCUGUUGUACAAGGAUGAAACCAUCAUUCAGGUUUCUGGAAAGUACACGAACGUCUUGCAGUCAAUCGUGUUCGUCACUAGUAAGGGGCGAACUCUGCACGCGGGUCAACCCCGCGGCACGACCUUCAACAUGUACGCCGACAGCAAAGAAACUCAGCUCCGUCUACUCAGCGGCCAGUACAGAAACGGCUUCACUUUCUUCGGAUCACAUUGGGGCGUACCUCACUAUUAUCUCUAAUUUUAACCUAACCUUUCCUCUUCUAUAAAACUUAAUUCAAGAAUUCUUACUUUAAAUUUUUCUUGAUUUGAAGCAUUACCAGUAAUCUUGCACUGAACAAAUGUAUUCCAGUGGGUAAUUGUUUUUCUUUGCUUUUAACUGGCUUCAUCAAAUUAAAGAUGAUUCAUGAGACUGAAUAGUUUUGUCACAUUUCCCUACAAGAAUUGCCAAUCAAUGGUAUACAUUUACAUAUUUAAUAUGCCAUAAAAUGGAUCACAAAAAGAAUAAUGAAUAAUAAUUUCUGCAUGUGUGGCAGUUUUCAUUUGCUGGAAUAUAAGUCUUUCAUUUGUAUUUUUCCAUUCUUUUUUAUUCAGUUUAAAGCUAUUUUUUUCAGGAGUAACACAAUUUCCUGAUAUAAAUGAAGUAUGCCUGAAAAUUUUCUAAGCGUCUUACUUGCAUAGAAUGAUUUGGGGAACAGGUUUGCCUUCAGUGUAAAAGGAAGUGUUUCGAUAUGAACUAAACUCGACUGGUGUGACUGGAAUCUUGGAUUUUUUUUUUUAAAAAAAGCGUAUGUUCUGACAAACGUCAAAGAAUACAAGAUAAACAAAGAUAGAAGCACAUGACCAGGCAAUGUGAUGAUCUCACCUUCAUUGUUUUGAUUUUUAAACAAUAGGCCGUAAAAAUAAAUUUUGUCCCUCAAAAUAAUCAAUGAAUGGUAAA